UCACACUCUGACAAACUGAACCCACGGGAGCAUGGACAACUGGACUACAUCUCGCAGUUCACCUCAGACAUCCGCCAAAUCGGUGGGACACGCAAUAAGGUGGCUGACACACUGUCCAGACCCUCCAUUGCCCAUUUGCAACCGACUCCCGAGAUCGGCCUGGCUGCCAUGGCUGCCGAAUAA